AUGAACAAGAUGAAUAAAAAUAAAUUGAUUCAUGAUUUGCUGGAAAUAGUUUCAAGAGGUGAUGUGGAACACAUCUGUGACCAUAUUACUAAAGUCCAUUCCAUUCUUGGAAACCUUGAUUUUCAGCAUCCAAAGACUGGGAAUACACCUCUCAUUACUGCAGCAGAAGAAAAUCUAACAGAGGUUGUUGAGUUUCUUCUGGAAAGGGGAGCAGAUAUCACCCUUUGCAAUUAUGACAAUCGAACUGCAGUCCAUGUGGCUAAUUGUGACAUCCAAAGACAGCUCUUGGCCACCAUUGGAAUCCAGGCUCCCCAAAUGCAACUUCUGCGAAGUUCAUGGCAAGGUGAUCUUGAACAACUUCAGCAAUUGUUGGCAUCUGAAGAGUUCCUGGAUGUAAAUUUCCCAAACCAGCAUGGCCUGACCCCUCUGAUGCUGGCUGUGAGAGACGUGGACCUGUUUGAGAGUCUUGAGAUGUCAGCCGUCUACAGACCUGCGGAGGUUCUGGCUGAGCUCCUCAGGCACCGCGCAGAUCCUAAGCUCUGUGAUUUUAGUGGAAAAUCAGCAAUACAUUAUGUGUCACAAAUAAAGAGUUUUAAGAAACAGCAGUUAUUCGACAUGCUAAUGAAUUCUAUGCCCAAACCAGACAGACAUGCUGAAUCAUUGCUUGACAUUUGUCACGAUACAGAGUCUUCUCCAACCGAUAUGACAGUUACCCAAAACCAAAAUGUUCUCUUGCAAAGUGUCAGCAGCCGUGAGGAAUUUGACCAAGAUGAUGACUGCAGCCAUUCCAUACUGGUUAAAGAAGGAGGAGAUUCGAGUGGUGAUGGACGAGAUUGGCAGCCCAGGACAGAAGGUGUCGAGAUUAUUGUUACUUUUCCGAGAGACGUCUGUCACACCCAAGAGAUGAGCCAAGAAGAUUUAAAAGAAAGCAAUCAGAUAACCUCAGAGCAUCGAGAAUGGGCACAAGCACCUUCUGUUCCUCUUCCAAAGGAAAUCAAGAUGAUGGACUUCAGAACAAAGAUGCCAACCCCACAGCCUUUACUCCUGAAGCCAGAAGAAAGCUCCCAGGAGCUCUGUGGUGAGAACAUGGUCUUCUUGUUACCAAGACCUUGCUCAGAACCCAACAUUUCCAAGUCUGCAGCCAGAGAUGUGCCUCCCUUUCUGAAAGGCCAGCAGAGAAAAUCUGAAGAGUUUUCUGCCUCUCAUAAGAAAUACAGCAACCGAAAAACUGAGUUCCCUCUGCCACCAUUGUCAUUCUUGCCCAUGAGACCUGGUCUUCUUACUUUCCCCCCAAAUCACAAGUAUCAAAGAGAGAGAGAGAGAAAUAUUCCAAGUCCUGUAUCUUUUGUACCUAAGCUCUCAGAGCCUGUUAGUCCAUCUGAUGAGCUAAGACCACCAAACAAGCAACUGGAAGCCUCAUUCAAGGUGUUUGUGGAUCAGACUCUCAGGUCCUCCAAUAGGUCUAUUUGGUCCAGAAACAUGUGCUCUUUUUGGAAGGCUAACCAUCACAGACAACACCUGGAGAUGGAGGAGAAUAGGAAAUGGAAGGAAACAGAAGGAUGUGACAAAAUUCAAAUCUCUCACUUUGAAAAAGGGCAGUCUUUGGUAUCCUUUGAGAAUUUUAAGGAAGGCAACUUUCCUGCAGACGGGGAAGUGGAUAUGGACUGCGCUGGCACUGAAAUGAGAAAAGCAGAAGAGAACUCUCAGUAUCUUUCAUCAGGGAAGACAGUGGGUUCCGUAGCCAGAAACUAUGAACAAAAUUCAGACGUUGGAUGUACUAUGCCAAUCAAGUCCCAAGAAGCCCAGCAUUCAGAAAUAACUCUAAACAAGGAUAAAGAGACUAGAAAUGAUCGAGAUGAUUCAAAAAGUACGUCAGGGCAUAAAGGUGAACUAACUGAACCAAACCAUACUUUAGAAGAAUUUACUGUACUUAAAAGUUUGUGCAAUGUAAUUCCUGACAACAGCCCCAUUGGAAGGCUACUGGAAGAUCAUAACAACGUGGAGACAAAUACAAAACUAUCAGUAGCAGAGGCAAGCAAAUCUGAAGUGAAUGGGAUAGUGCCUCUUGUCCACAUCACUUUCCCUGGAGAGGAGACUCCCAAGGAACCAGCGGUAGCCAAGCCAAGCCUCCAAAAAAGAAAGGGCACCUUUCAUAACAAUAGCUUCCACAUCCGGGCACACCAAGAAAAUGACAGGCAUAUGAUGAAAACCCAUAGAAACAAGUUCGAUGCAAAAACCAAGACCAGUAAGACACCUCAGAAUUUCAUGAUUUCAAUUGAUGGUUCCAUUAAGCCUACCAAGCAUAAAACCAGCAUAAAAACUCAAGUUUUCCCUUCUUUGGGGCUUGUUGAGCCCAGACCUCGGCAAUCACCCAAGUUUCAAAGGAGAAUGCCUCAGACAGAAAAGAAGCAAUCAACUGACUGGACUCUGAAACCUAAAAAGCAAACAUCUCCUUGCAUCUGUAAAAACACAGGAGUAAAAAAGUCUUUCUUUCCUAACCCUGUUCAACCCAUACAGCCAAGACUAAAUUACCUAGAUCUUAAGUAUAGUGAUAUGUUCAAAGAAAUCAAUUCAACUGCUAAUGGACCUGGAAUCUAUGAAAUGUUUGGGACCCCAGUUUAUUGUCACAUGAGAGAGGCUGAACGGCAUGAAAACAAAUAUUAUCGAGAGAUAUGCUCAGCUCCAUCAGGCAGAUGUAUCAACGGUAAAUGUCAAUCUUCACACGGCGAGAGGAGCAGCAAUAGCAGAACAAGGCUUUCUCAGAAAAGACCACAUGUUAAACCCCCAAAGGCUUUGCUUGGAAUUAAACACAGGCACAAAAGUCUAAUUUCCAAAGAAAAGGGUUGCAAGGCUGUAGCUGGCAAACUACAAGACACUGAAAAUGGUGGUGGGGUUUCAGAAUCAGAGUGGCAGAUGAAGUCUUUGGGAAAUGACUAUCUGUCUUCCAAAGACAAAGUUCAGCCCAUGGACUUUGCUCAGACUCAUGAACAGUCCACUGAACAGAACAAAUUCCUUCCUGUCUCAGAUUUGUCCAUUGUUGAAGAAGUCUCUAUGGAAGAGGCCACUGAUGAAGGAGACAUGUCUAAUGAUCAAAUUCUUGCCACAAGCCUUUGGGAUCUGCAUGAACUUGAAGAGCUACAUCACCAGACCCCCUUUGUCCUUUCAGAAUACAGCAGGGCGGUGCCUGGUGAGAAGAGUUUCAACAAACAUGUACCACAAGAAAAGCAAAAUAUAGCAUCUCUUGGAAAGAUAAUUGCCAACCAAAUCUUAACGAAUGACGUAGAGUUUGAUAGUUUGAUAGCUACAUCUAAAACACUUACGAAUCUCUCUUUCCAAGACACACAAGGAAGUGCAUCUUCUCAAACAUAUCAACAUUGGGCACAUUCUUUGGAUCGUGAUAGUUUAGCUUAUAAGUCAAUUACACACCAAACAUUUGAAAAAACUUUAAAUGAUGCAGAUUCAAUUUCCCAAGAAAUUCUUGACUCUAGAAAGAAUGAAGAAUUGACAGAUGAACUAUUAGGUUGUCUAGCUGCAAAACUAUUAGCUCUUGAUGAGAAAGAUAACAACGCUCAUCAGAUAGUGGCAAAUGAAACAGAUCCUGAAAACAUAAAUCUCAUCUUCAGUAGGAGAGGAAAUACCAUGCAAGAGUUGGGUGGAGAGACAACAAAUGUCAAAAUACAGAGACAUAGUAAUGGGUUCAGAAUAUAUGACGAAGAGAAAUUUCUCAGUGAAAAGAUAUUUUCUGAAAAUAGUUUCAAGCAUGAAGAAGCCAUCCUGUGGACCAAGGGUGAGAUCCUUGGGAAGGGAGCCUACGGCACAGUAUAUUGUGGUCUCACUAGCCAAGGAGAGCUAAUAGCUGUAAAACAGGUGGCUUUGGAUACCUCUGAUAAAUUAUCUACUGAAAAAGAAUACCGGAAACUGCAGGAAGAAGUGGAUUUGCUCAAAGCACUGAAACAUGUCAACAUUGUGGCCUACUUGGGGACCUGCUUAGAAAAAAACACCGUGAGCAUUUUCAUGGAGUUUGUUCCUGGUGGCUCAAUCUCUAGUAUUAUCAACCGUUUUGGGCCAUUGCCUGAGAUGGUAUUCUGUAAAUACACAGAACAAAUUCUGCAAGGCGUUGCUUAUCUCCAUGAGAACUGCGUGGUGCAUCGAGAUAUCAAAGGAAAUAAUGUUAUGCUCAUGCCUACUGGGAUAAUAAAACUGAUCGACUUUGGCUGUGCCAAACGUUUGGCCUGGGCUGGCGUAAAUGGCAGUCACAGUGACAUGCUUAAGUCCAUGCAUGGGACUCCCUACUGGAUGGCCCCAGAGGUCAUCAAUGAGUCUGGCUAUGGGAGGAAGUCGGACAUCUGGAGUGUGGGCUGCACUGUGUUUGAGAUGGCCACAGGCAAGCCUCCGCUGGCAUCCAUGGACCGGGUGGCAGCCAUGUUCUACAUUGGCGCACACCGGGGGCUGAUGCCACCGUUACCUGAACACUUCUCAGAAAACGCAGCGGACUUUGUGCGCAUGUGCCUAACCAGGGACCAGCACGAGCGCCCCUCUGCUGUUCAGCUCCUGAAGCACUCCUUCUUGAAGAGAAGUUACUGAAUAUGCACCAGCACUUUCUUUCCAGUUCCAUUACCGAGCCUGUUAUUGCUUCAUUGUGGGAAAGAUGUUAAAGGACCUUGGUUUUCCUACUGGAAAGUCCAUCUAACUCAAUUUAACUAGAUCCUACAGUGUUGCUACCUGAAAAAAUUGUUACAUAGUAGUCUCUCUAAGGUUCGGGCAUGAUUACUUAUGUAUAUGAGAUUUAAAAAAAAAAAAUAACAACAAAACCCCCCACAUAUUGACUAUCCAGUAAUCAUAAUCUCUAUUGCUUAUACAAUAUUCUUUUUUAUUUUUGUCCUGUUAUUGUAAUGUCAUUAGUUUAAAAUAAAUUGUG